AUGGGAUGUUUUCUUAGCACAGACUUCCUUCACUACUGGGGGAUAAGUAAUGUGGUAAUGGGUUGUAUCAUAAUAGUUCUUACAAUUAUCCUCAUUAUAAAGCUCAAGCUUAUCCAGUCUGAAUCGAAAACGGCAAAUAUUUAUUCCGACAAUGGAGCGAGCAAAAUCAGACAGGCCAACCGUAUAGCUGGUGGAGCUCUUCUAAUUUCUCUGACGUUCGUCACAUUUCCAAGCAUUGGCGUCAGUUCAAUUGGCUUAUUGGGCUACUCUAUUUUUGGGACAGUAGGUCCCUUCUACAUAGUUGGACUACUCUGCUCUGGUACUUGUCACAGUGUUAUGUAUUUGGUUCUUAAUAGAGACCUGCGAAAGAUGGCACAAAGAUGCCUCCUUGGAACGGAUUCCAAAACGAAAAUGAGAGAAUUGCAAGCUUUCAUUUGGAUCGACACGGCUGCGGCGGCAUCUUUCGUUGUCAUCGCG